CCGCACAAGAUCACAAACACGGCUACGCAUGACAUUGGACGUAAGCUCUUUUCUACAACGAAGACAACGUGUCAACCAUGAGCACAAAACCAAAGAGCCACAAGGCUAUGAGCGAUAAGGAGUGGAUGGCAAGGCUGAGGGCGUUUGCCAGCUCUGGGGUUUGGCCUUCUGGAGGAGGCAAUAGACCAGCCCCAAGGCAGAAGAAGUGGUUCGCCUUCUAUCAGAAGAUUGAGAAAUGCCCCAUGCAGGCCCGUGGACAGACCACGCUCUUUGGAGGGUCCAUGGCCACCAUGGCCUGUGAUUGUGGAUUCCACGGCGUUAUGUCCGUGGCCUCAGCCUCAGCACCAGCUCCAGCACCAGCACCUGCUCCAGCACCAGCACCUGCUCCAGCACCAGCACCUGCUCCAGCACCUGCUCCAGCACCUGCUCCAGCACCAGCACCUGCUCCAGCAGCUCUUGCUGCUACUGAAAUGUCCGUGGCCUCAGUCUCAGCACCAGCACCUGCUGCAGCACCUCGUGCUGCUUCUGAACAGUCCGUGGACUUAGCGCGGCCUUUUCUGCGACCUGUUCUAAGUGUGUCAAUGUUUUCGAAAUCACGCUUUGGUGGGUCAAAGUCGGCCUCACUAAAGCCACAUUUAGUGGCUAGGAGGACCCCCAGCCCUUCUCCUCCUCCUCCUCCUUUCAUAUCCUCUGUGAGGACACCCAGCAGCCCUGCACCUCCUUCAUCUCCUGGUAUGUCCUCUGUGAGGACACCCAGCAGCCCUGCGCCUCCUUCAUCCCCUGAGAGAAAAAACCUAUCAUAACUUGGUGCCGUGACCCGGAUCCCAACAUACCCAUCGGCUGGAUUUUUCUUUUUCCUGCGGAGCCACUGACACCUGUGC